AUGCAAGUGACUCAAUUGACGCAGAGAGCGAGGCGGAAGACUGUGGCUUUGGAGCUGCCCUCCAGAUGGUUUGACGGGCAAGUGCCGAGACAGGUCAACAACAUCGGGCCUGAGUUCUGCUGGCACCAGUUUGCCUUGCUUUUCGGACAGGUCGCUACCAUUGAGCUGGUUCGCCCCAAUGCAAGCGUUCUGGUUCAGCUGUUGGUGUCCUAUAAGGAGCCUGAGGGAGCAGCGGCCUUCAUGGAAGCACUGACCGACAGGUACCUGCUUUACACCAAGAGCGGUGUCCCCGAUGACUGCUACCCGGUCACGAUCACUCCGGGAGAUGGCUACUCGCUGAGAGAGUACUACUGCUCUACCGGUUGCUGCCUCAGUCAAGUAUCAUACUUUGCCAUGUCUGCUGUGUACAAGUAA